AUGGAUUCCUCUGUGGUUCUGUCUUGGAAGGUGGUGGCGUCUCUUUUUCGGAGGACGACUGUCGUUUUCCUGGUCGUUUAUCUAUGCUGCGCAUCGGCGCUUGGCGAAGGUCGGCGUGUCCGUGAGGCAGCCGUAGCACGGUGCGCAUUUCGGACGGGUGAUUCCGCUCGCGAUGCGAAACUAACGCCCUUUUACGUUCCUGUAGAUGACCAGCAGAUGUACGAAGAAGGAAUCAAAGACUACUUGUCACAGAUGGGUGCCAGCAGCGACCAGUUUUCGGUCGUCUGCGUCGAAGCGAAAGAUAAGGAUGUGAAGUGUGAGUUGUGUUUAUACAACGAGGUCUCCGAAGAUCGCAAGCACGUUCGACAAGGUCAAGUCCUAGACACCAUGUUGCUGGAAUGUAUUGAGGGCAAAUUCACUCAGGGGUCUAUUAUGGCGAACUCUCAGUACCAUCCUAUCUGCUAUCCUCCACCUCACAAGCCCACCCGGGAUGCCAAAGAGGCGGAAGAAAAAGGCGUUAGCCCUCACCAGCACUUCGGCGAGGCCGGCGCGAGUAACACAGGAGCCGAAUCGUGCGGGACCGGGGGUAAAGGAAGCGGUGGUUUUUGA